AUGGCAACUGCCGGAGAGAACGUGUACAUAGCUACUGGUGAAGUCGGGGGCCUGGUGGUACCUGCUGGCAUGUUAGGUCCAACACAGGAAGCUCCGGGUCAGAACCGGAUGGGGGAGACUCCACCUUCUGGAUUCUCCCUUCAGGAAGACAGAUGCCGAGGAAUUCAGAGGAAGGCAGGGCCUCUCACAGAGCUGGGAGUCUUUCAGAUCGUCAAUGCCUUGCUCCAUAUCACCAUAGGGAUCUACCUGGCAACUGCUGUGAAAAAUCUCCACCUGGUUGCGAUGAAGUCUUGGUACCCAUUUUGGGGAGCAUUCUUUUUCCUCUGUUCAGGAGCCUUGCUGAUAACCAUGGAGAGAGGAAGGAAGAUGAAGCUGAAGACUUUGACCGUGACCGUGAGCAUCAUGGACUGCUUCUGCGCGCUGUGUGGGAUCUUCAUCUUCAUUAAGGAUUUGUUUUGGGAGCAUUCCUUUGAAUCCCCAAUCUGGAGGCCUUAUCCCACCUCCACAGUGCACCUGCAGAGGCUUGAGUUGGGAUUGCUGAUCUUCUCUAGCCUUGAGGUCUUUGCCUUCAUCUGUACCAUGACUUUAUUGUGCAAGACUGAGCUGUCAUCAGAGGUAACGGAGGAUUCAAUUGGCUCAUUACCUCCGGUGCACACAAGUGACCCAACUGCUCCUCCUCCCACGUAUGAAGACAUAAUUCGUGAUGACAAGAAAGAAGAGGCAAACCCCUGACGAACCACAGACAAGAGGCUUUCCCUCACUACUGGCUCUCCGUCCUCCCUCCUUGUGUUUGUCACUGAGGAAGCCUGAUCUGAAUAAAGGA